CUUCUCCUUCACCCAGCCCAAGAUCCCCAUUUGCGCAAACCCUCUCACACUUUUCCACAACAUGUCUACCUCCAACGCCUCCUUCUCCAACGGCUCUGCCGCUACCACCUCGACUGCCCAGCUCGGCGCCAUCAACUUGGUCGGAGUGCCCCAGUACGACCUCAACGAUCUCCAUUUCAACCCCAUCAAGGAGGCCGAUGUUAGCCGCGAGAUGACUCGUCGCUACAUGACCGACAUGCUUGAGCACGCCGAGACUGAUGUCGUUGUUAUUGGUGCUGGCUCUGCUGGCCUAAGCUGCGCAUGGGAGUUGAGCAAGAACCCUAACGUUAAGGUUACGGUUAUUGAGCAAAGCGUCUCCCCCGGCGGCGGAGCCUGGUUGGGUGGCCAGCUCUUUUCGGCCAUGAUCGUCCGCAAGCCAGGCCAUCACUUCUUGGCCGAGGUCGGUGUGCCGUUCGACGACUGCAAUGAGAACUACGUCGUUGUCAAGCACGCUGCCUUGUUUACAUCCACCAUCCUCAGCAAGUUGCUCAUGCGCCCCAACGUCAAGCUGUUCAAUGCGCUCGCCGCCGAGGACCUGAUCGUUAAGAAUGGCCGUGUCUCAGGUGUGGUUACCAAUUGGACCCUGGUAACUCUGAAUCACGACACCCAGUCAUGCAUGGAUCCCAAUGUGAUCGAGGCCAAGGUUGUCGUCUCCUCCACUGGCCACGAUGGCCCCAUGGGCGCUUCUGGCGUUAAGCGUCUCCAGAAGAUUGGCUUGAUCAAGAACGUCCCCGGCAUGAUUGCUCUCGACAUGAAUGCUGCGGAGGAUGGCAUUGUCGCCAACACCCGUGAGGUCGUCCCUGGAAUGGUCAUCACUGGUAUGGAAGUCGCGGAGCUCGACGGAUGCCCUCGUAUGGGUCCCACAUUCGGUGCUAUGAUGCUUUCUGGACAGAAGGCUGCCCAUUGCGCCCUGAAGUCCCUCGGACUGGCACAUGUUCUCAAAGCCUAAAGUGGUCGAUUUCGAGCUGAUGAAUGAGCUUGGUGUUUGGUUGUAUUCAGUAUUUAUGUUUAUUGUUUUAUUUUGAAAUGAGAGGAAGAAUGACACCAGGGGUCCUUGGUCUUCCCGCGCCCUGAUCUUUUCUAGUACCGUGUCGUAUCCCGCAAGGGAGUAAGCGGCCGGUACUGGGUCUGUAAAAGGUCUUGAGCGUGUGCAUGGAGUCCUCGGUGAGAAAUACCCUUUGAACCUGACGGUCGAGAGUAGAGAGAAUGGAUAUCCGUCUCCUACUGUCUGAUCCAACACGAUAAUGCGUGCGGCUAGGAAGUGUGUCAUGUCUUGUUCCUCUUAUCUCUUUUUUUCUUUGCUCUAUUUAUUUCAAUAAAUCCUUACAAUUCGUACCUAUCAA